UUCCUAAUUGCCAAUUUGCCAUUUCCCUUUGUUCUUCCCUGCGAUGAACUCAAAUUCCAUUCAAAUUAGGAGUCGGCCCCGAUACUUAUCCCAAAUUCUCAUAGAAACCCUCCCAGUUGCAGAUUGAUUGAAAUAGUACCCCGCUUCCACAAUCCAUCCGAUCCAGAGCCCCCGCUCUCUCUCUCUAGAUCACCAUGGAGAAGGAGCCGAUUAAGCCAGACGAGAGGGAAGAGGACGAAGCAUUAGAGCUCGUUCUUUUUCAAGUCUCUGAAUGCUAUGUUUAUCUGAUACCACCAAGAAAAAGUGCAGCUUCCUACAGGGCUGAUGAAUGGAAUGUCAACAAAUGGGCAUGGGAGGGCACAUUGAAAAUUGUUAGCAAGGGAGAAGAGUGCAUCAUCAGACUUGAAGAUAAGACAACAGGUGAACUGUAUGCUCGGGCAUUCUUGAGAGAUGGAGAACCACAUCCAGUAGAGCCUGUAAUUGAUAGUAGCAGAUACUUUGUUCUUCGCAUCGAAGAGAACAUUGGUGGCCGCCCAAGACAUGCAUUCAUUGGUAUAGGUUUCCGAGAAAGACCGGAGGCAUAUGACUUCCAAGCCGCCCUUCAUGACCAUAUGAAUUACUUGAACAAAAAGAAAACUGCCGAAGAGAUGGAACAGCAGUACCAGAAAACAAAUUCUGUCGAUUACAGCUUAAAAGACGGGGAGACUAUCGUGCUUCAACUAAAGAAUAAUAGUGGUCGGGGUGGGCGGUCCAAGUUUUUCGAGCAAGGUCUGAAUAAUCUCUCGUUGGAAGAAAAGAAUAACCGAAAAGAGCCUGCAAUAUGUAUAAGGCCCCCGCCACCUCCCUCGGCAUCAGUUUCGCCCGUUCUCACCGCUGUUAGUUCUCCCUCGGGCUCACCAAACAGUUUGAGUCUCAAGGAAACUUCCAAAGAGAACGACUCAGAUCCUUCGGAGCCACAUUCUUCUGGAAGUGAAGCCCCACAUGACACACCAGACGAGGAUUUCGGCGAUUUUCAAACGGCAGGGUGACAUGGUCGGUCUGUCUAUACUCGGAUGUUUGGAUUCCUCUCAUGUUUUGAUCGAGUUGGGUGUAUAUUAUCAUUAUCAUGUUCAUUAUAGUUGCUGUUCUCUCCAUCUACAGCUGGGUGAACUUUGAUGAGGUUAAAUGCCUGUUUGUGAAUGAUGGGUACGAUCUUUCUGAAGAGCCAUUGCAUUUUACUUGAGAA